UGUAGUGCGGCGCGGGCGGGGCGUUUUUCACGAAAAUUUUACGCACGAAUUUCUCGUAGUUCUCCCCCUUCAAUGGAAAUACAAACGAGUUUUCUUAUUUAGUUUUCCUAUAUUAGUCCUGUUCAGUUAAUUUUUUUUUUUGUUUACUAAUGCAACGAUUGUCGCCGCCAUAUAACAACAAAUUGGACAAUAAUCAUAUUUUUUUUGGUGGUGUUCAAAAGUUAAUACAUAUAAAUAAGUUGAAUCAAAGUUGUGAUGAGAAAGAGUGUGAAAGAAGGGUGGAGAGUGAUGUUUAAUAAUGCUGGUCAAUAUGCAGUUGCAGCAGCAGCAACAACAACAACCACACCAAUUAAUAAACAUUAACUAAUGCUUAAAAAAACAAAGAAAAGUUUUAAAAUUGUCAAUGAGAAGAAUCGAAGGAGGAAGACAUAUGAAAUGAAGAAAUAAAUGCAAGUUGCAGUUCGGUGUUGAAGAAAGAAGAGUGUGGAAGUGGGGAAGAUAGAGCGACAGAAAGAGAGUGAAAGAGAGCAAGAGAGAAUUGCAUAUGUCGUCGUUCCAAUUCGUUCGUUCCAUUACUUCGCCUACGCAGCAGCUUCAGGCCAAAAGGAAAGGCCAAUAACAAAAUUGCAACAAAGUCAAAAUGCAAACUUAACAAAAAGAAGUAUAUGUACAUACAUAUAUACAUAUAUAUAUUCUGAAAUUUAAAACGAAUUAACGAAAAACAAAGAAAAUUACUGGAAUUUUAUUGCUAAACUACAGCUACAACAAUAACAACAACAAGAGCAACUACAAAGCGAUCAAAACUUGUAGCGAACGAGCCAUCAAGAGAGUGUGUAAGAGAGAGAGAGUAAGCUGCAGUUCGUCCUCUCGUUUCGUUGUCGGUUUCCCAUAAUUCCUCCGCCUACGUAGACUUGCCUCUCUCAUUGCCCCUUUACCCCCACGCCGCAAGACUCUUGUUGUAAUAUGGAUUGUGGUGGUCUGGCUGCCCAACAGCAACUCCUACAACAGCAACAACAACAACUACAUCUUCAACAGCAGCGCUUACUCCAGCAACAGCAACAACAACAACAAACUACUUUAAAUUGCCUUGGGGAAACAACUACAACGACAGCAACAAAUAUAAAUCUUGCGGGAAUUUUGGUUGCUGGCAGCGGAGGAGGUGCCAGCGUUGGAGAAGGAGGCGCAGCAGUUGGAGGAGGUGUGGGAGUAGGAGUUGGUGGUGCAGUUGGUAUUGAUUGCUCUAAUUACGGUGCUGGCGCCGUCAAAUUGCGCAAAUACAGUGAUCGUCCCCUAAAGACAUCCCAGGCGGAUACAAAAUCCCAUACUUAUCGCAUUUCUAUGGCUAAUCUAGAGGAUACACAAGAAUCCGAAUUGGAUCAGAUAUUGGGAGAGCUAACCCUGCUGGAGGCCCAAAUAAAAUAUGGUGAAGCAUCCUUUCUGCCAGGCGUGGUGACAGCAGCAUCAGCAGGCGUCCCACCGAGUCCUGGCUGUAAUCCUAAUGUUGCCCAACCGCCGCCUGUCCACUCCUCUGGCUCUGGUUCGGCCUCGGGUUCGGCUGCCUCUUCGCGUUCCCAUUCGAGAACGAAUAGCAGCAUUUCAGGUGAUGUCAGCACUUGCUCAUCCUCGGGAAUUUCGGAAAAUGGUGCUGUUGCCGGUUCCAUAAUUACCAGCAACAGCAGCAGCACAACCAACGCUACUACAAUCGGAUCCGGAUCACUCAUUAUGCAUCCCUCGGGUAAUGUAGGAACAACCACUAUGACUAUGGGUAUUACAAUGGGCGUGGUGUCACCACGAGAGCCACGCACUGAAUCACCGGACAAUGAUUCGGCAUUCAGUGAUACGGUUUCCCUGCUGUCAAGCGAGUCAUCUGCCUCAUCCAAUACAUCGUCACAGCAACAGCAAUUGCAACAACAACAGCAGGCGGCCGCUGCGGCGGCAGCUCAAAAGCUACGACAAGUGCAACAUCAUCAUUUACAAGGGCAAUUGGUGGGCGGGGAUGGGGGCUCAUCCUCCAAUUGCAUAUCGAAAGCGGCUAAAAUUCAAUUGGCAUUGCAAAAGUUGGAAAGCGCCUCCAUACGACGACUCUUUGUGAAAGCCUUUACCGCCGAUGGAGCAUCCAAGUCGCUGCUAGUGGAUGAACGCAUGGUAUGCGGUCAUGUGACCCGUCUAUUGGCCGAUAAAAAUCAUGUCCUAAUGCAACCCAACUGGUCUCUAGUUGAGCAAUUGGGUGAUCUACAAAUGGAGCGCCUUUUCGAGGAUCAUGAAUUGCUGGUAGAUAAUCUAAUGACAUGGAAUUCAGAUGCUGGUAACCGUGUGCUCUUCCAGCAGCGUCAGGAUAAGGUGGCAUUGUUUGCCAAACCCGAAAUGUAUUUACCGGGUCCGCAGAUGGCACCAGGCUGUCAGCAUGAUGAGCAGACACGUCAUAUGCUUCUCGAAGAGUUCUUUGAAUCACCGCAUGCCCAACUGCAAUUGGAUGGACCACUGUAUAUGAAGGCAGAUCCGAAAAAGGGCUGGAAACGCUAUCAUUUUGUCUUACGGUCCUCGGGUCUAUAUUACUUCCCUAAGGAGAAGACCAAAAAUACUCGCGACUUGGCCUGCCUAACCCUGUUCAAUGGCCAUAAUGUCUAUACGGGUCUUGGAUGGCGCAAGAAAUGGAAAUCACCGACAGAUUAUACAUUUGGUUUUAAAUCAGCGGUGGAUUCAUCGCUGGGCAAAUCGUGUCGUUCGCUGAAAAUGUUAUGUGCCGAAGAUCUGGCCACUUUGGAUCGUUGGUUGACGGCAAUUCGGAUAUGCAAAUACGGCAAACAAUUGUGGCAUAAUUACAAACUUUUGCUGGAGGAUCUCUGUCUGGGCGAUGGUGUCUCACAGUCGAGUUUCGCCUCCUCGAUGCGUAGCGAGUCGAUUAGUAGCAUUUCGUCAGCGGUGCCAUCGCAGUGUGGAAGCGUUUCAUCGGCCAUAAGUAGCAUGUCCAAUUCGACUAGUGGCCGCACAUCCCGUGCCUCCAGCUCCAGCUCCAGUGGCUGCCUGUCCGAUGAUAAUAAUGGAUUCGAUUCCGAAUUCACUACGGGAACCAUCAAACGGAAACCGUCGAUGAAACCGAAUCUCCCAUUAACCACAAUGACCCGCCAAUUGAAGGAGGUGGGCGAGAUAACGAUUUGUGAGAGUUCUGGCGGCGAUUUGGCCAGUUCACCGGAAAGAAGUGGCACACUGACUCGCCGACAUAGUCGUCGCAAAUCGCAGGAAAGCAAUGGCAGUGGCACACUGAAGCGACGGCCGGCUGGAUCAGCUGGCGCUGUUGCUGCAAUCAAUUCCGUGGUUGUUGUUGGUGCCGUCAAGCGUGCCGAUGUAGUGGAGGGCAGUAACUCGUCAACAUCAUCGAGCAGCAAUUCAACGCCCACUCCCACGCCCAGUAUAUGCGCCAAGCCGCCACCAGGAUUGUCGGAUGCUGAGCUAAUGUGUUCAUCUACAUUGUCAUUGGAUUCGCUGCCACCGCCACCGCCUCCGCCGGCAUUGGUCAACGAUGAGCAAGAUGUCUAUGGAUCGCAAUUAUCCUUGGCUUCAUUGCCACCGCCACCACCACCAGAGGAGGUAGUGAUGAUGGCAUAUACCAGCACCGGUCAAAUGCCAACGGCAGCUGCUGCCCUGCCACUUCCACCGGAUGUACACACGAUGUUACCAUCCACACAACAACAACAACAACAGCCUAUGAUGAUGAGCCUGCCGAAUAGCAAUGGAUCGCUACCGCCCGCUGUACCAGCAAAGCCCAUUAAACCGGCAGUGAAACAACAGGGUGUCAUCCUGAAGGCAGCACCGCCAUAUAAAGCACCACCAGAUUAUGUGGGACCUGGUGGCCAGCUGGCACCGCCGCCUCCGCCACCGCCCGUGCAAAAGAAGGUCUCCUUUGCGGACUCUCCGGUGCUGUUGCGUCGAAAGAUGUGCUCACCGGAGCCAGUGUUGCCACAGCGUAAUCCCAGCACAUCGCUCAGUUCGAACUCCUCCAGUUCUGGCCAAUUUCAGCUAUACGCUCCGGGGCCAAUGCUGCCACCACGUACUGAUCUCUCGCGUCUGUCGUCCAACACCAGGCAGAGCAAUGGCAGCAGUUGCUGCAGCAGCAUUGAGGUGACGUCACCCAAGCGUCUGCAGGAAUCCGCAUCGAAUCCACCACGGGACUUCCUCAAGGAUCUGCAGCGUGUGAUGCGCAAGAAAUGGCAAGUGGCCCAAAAAUGUAAGCUGGAGCCGGCCACAACGCCGCAUGAGGUGCUCGGUUUUAGGGAUUUCAACAAUGAGGAUCUACUGGCUGCCCAUAAUCUCAAUUCGGGUGCGAAUUCGUCGCAUUACUAUCGCGAAACGGCGAAUGUCAGUCACUGGGUGCAGGAGCACUACGAGUAUGCCCACAAUGCCCUCUACGAGAAUGUGCAUGCCCAGACGAAUGGCAAUGCUGUUGCCGGGGCUCCAACAGCAGCAGCAACACCUCCAACACCAACACCAAUGGCUCCAGUUGCAUCACCUCCACCCCAUCUUGGUCCCAUAAUGCCGCAGCUGAUUCCUACAAAUGAGGCAGCUGCUGCUUUGCGUAAAAAACGACCACCACCGCCGCCGCCCAAACGUAGCGACAAAACUCAUCUAACAAAUCGGGUGUAAGGAGAGUGCACAACCUACAUAUAUGAUAUAUAUAUAUAUAUAUGGGAUAUAGACAAGGCGGCUGCCUUAAAAGUGAUAUUUCACCUCACCCCCGCAGCAGCAGCAGCACAUCCUCCGUAUCCACAUCCUCAACUCACCACAUUACACCACGCCACACCAAUUUGUGUCUACACCAAUAUAUAUAUACAUAUAUAUUUUUUUUGGGAUUCGAUCUCCGUAAUCGUAAACGUCGGCGGAAAACUAAAUGAAUGCGAAACAAGAUUAAUGCAAAUUCCUAUUAUAAGUGUAGGCGGCAAAACUUUUAAUAUUAAUAUCUAUAUAGUAUAUGUAUAUAUACAUAUAUAUCUAUAUAUACGCCCUAAGAAUACGCCCUCAUUUCUCUCAAGUAUUAUUUGAUUUGUUAAUAACCUAAAAACAAGAAUUUAUUUCUAUAUCGAGAGAAAUUGUUUUAUGUUCGUUACAAAAAAAAAAGUUGCAAUUCAAAAUUCAUUUAAU